AACUUAAAACCUCUAUAAAAUGUUUUGUGUUUCCCUUGGACUUUAACUUAUCGAGGUUAGAACCUACAGUAGACUGUACAUGCUUCUUAUUAUUUUUUAAUAAAAUAAUUUUAACAACAACGGGGAAUCCCCAGAAUAGACAUUCUUUUUUUAUUUUCAUUAUAUGCGGACGUAGUUUUUAAGUAUUAUUUUGCUACCACUUUUUUAAGUUUGAUGGAUACAAAGAUAUAGGAUCAUUGAGAAAUGUAUAAAAGGAUUGUGUGAAUGCGGACGGGUGUAAAUACAGAUAUGACGGUUGAUAUAAAUGUAUGGAAGAGUAACAUACUGUGCUGCCUUCCUUAGGGACACAGAAUACUUUGUAACAUAAUGAAACAUUUUGCUUAGGGAAAAGGGCAAGAGGAAGAGUAAUUUUUGCUGAACAUCUCUGUCUACCCUUAUUUGUUACAUGCUUGAAGGUUACGCCAACCUGCUACGAUUAGAUUUUGUAAACAUUACGGUACAAAAACUAGACUAGACUUUGAACUCUAUGACUCAAUCAAAAGCAUGCAUUUAAGAUAACAGUGCACGUAUACAAAAUGCUUUUUGCAAAAAAACACAUUUGACAGAUAACAGGAAUAUGGCGGGAACACGCGUUCCGUUCGUGUUCGCGCUAAAAAUGGCGAAAUUAAUUCAGUAUGUUUUGCGACGCCGCCGAUGUUGGCGCGUUCAUGUUCUUGUUUUAUUCCUUUUUACUAUAAUCUAAAAUCACUAGACGUGCGACUUAUGUUUACAUUUUGUUUGUUGAUUGUUUUGUCUUUAACAAUUACUAAAGUUAUUACAAGUUGUUUUUUUAAUUCUUGUUGAAGAAUUUUAUGAAAGCGUGAUACUAAAUACCGACGCAAAAUUACAUCGGCGGAGCGCAAAAACAAAACAAACACGCUUCUCAGGGGCACGGCUGCCGAUUGACGCGAAUCGUCCCUGGAUGUGCCAGGGAAACAGAACGGAGGAGAGGACAUCGUUUACGCGUUGCUCGCAUCUACUCUUUCGUGAAUAAAAUGGGCUUCCAAAAAUGGGAGAAAUCGCGAGAAUUUUAACUCUCGUCAAUUGCCACGGUAGAGCGAGCCACAGUAUAACAAAGCAACUAUCAACAUGCUUGAAGCGACCUCUAGUCUACGCUUAUCCACUCACUGUGAACAGCGACCGAAGUGCGCACACGCAAUACAUCACCAGAAACAUUAAACACAUCAGCAAUGAUAAGAUCAAAUUGACCGUAGAUCCUCAGACUAUGAAAUGUGCAGAACCACUAAACAAACCCAUGUGUAUCAUGUUGAGCUGGUUGUUAUCAAAACCGAAACACGUUCUGAAAUACGCGGAACUGUAUUUAGAGCAGGGCUAUGACGUCAUCUCCGUCUUCUGUACACCCUGGCAGCUCAUGCGACCUAUGAAUGGAGUAAAGUUGGUGGCUCGGGAUUUAAUCAAGUUUAUGGCAAAUAAUGGUAACAAGUUCGUGGUGCAUGGUUUCUCUGUCGGCGGCUACGUGUGGUCGGAGGGACUAGUAUAUGCUGUUAAAAAUAAAAAAAUAUAUCAGCCGGUACUAGACCGUGUGGAAGCACAAGUAUGGGACUCUGUGGCGGACCUCACGGCCGUCACUGUGGGCGUGCCGCACGCGCUCUUCCCUAAUAACAAACUAUUGCGUAGUACAUUACAUUCCACAUUAGAAUUAUAUCUGAAAGUGUUCAGUUCCGUAACAGCGCAGUACAAGCUCGCAUCUGACACGUACUACUCAACACCGUGCCGCGCGCCCGGACUCUUCCUACUGUCCAGUAGCGACCCUGUCGGCGCUGAGACAAACAUACAGAACGCUCACGACACGUGGCUACAGAUGGGGAUAAAGUGCACCUGGAAGUGCUGGAAGAACUCUCCCCACGUACUCCACUACAUGCAUCAUCCAGACGAGUACCGCGAUCUGGUGCUGGCUCACCUGCGCGAACACACCACCGUCGUCCGCGAGAAAGCCUCUGAGAGACAACAUGACAGUAUACAAGAAAAGAAAAGAGCUACCGCCUAACUACUCUGUGAUAAUUUACAUAUAUUUAGAUUUUGUUUAUUGUUUAUCCUUGACUUUUAAAAAGCUUGUUUUAAAAUAAACUUUUAA